AAUGUGACUUUUCCUUAAUAUCCCGAAGCUUUCAAUUAUUUAUUAUAUUUUAAAUUUACCGCCCAAACGUUGUGCUUUUAGCUUUCAAAAUGAAUUUGUCUUUUGGAAUAAUUAUUUUCUUCAUUGCAUACGGAAAUAUGGAGUAUACUAAGGUUCAUAUUGAGGACUUUUUCGAGCUGAUAGGAAUGAUGACAUAUAAGAGCGCGUGCGGGAAUAUAACCCAAUGUUUCAUUACGGCUAUAAAUAAUAGAGGAUUAUUCGUAAGCGCAGCGUCAUGCGUGUAUGACCAGUGGGGAAAUUACCUGCACUCUCCAGAUUCUUUCUUCGUAAAAACAGAAAUUGAUAAUGAAGCAGAAAAAGAGCCGUUGCCGUAUACAUACUACAGGAUAGCGAUUUUGGCAGUCUAUCCGCAUCCGAACUAUUCGUAUUUAAGUGAGCACGACAACGUGGCGGCAAUCAUAUCGAACUAUUCACAAGGCGAUUUCGAGCAUAAUUACAGAUGCAUCCCAGGAAUUCCUAAGGAAGACUUUACGCCGAAGGAUCCUUUUAUUUUUACGAUGGAUGUUAACACCGAAGAUUCUCCAUUGUUGUCUAAAGCUUUCGUUCUGGACAAAUCACAGUGCUGCUAUCCAUCUGGCCCAACUGAUCUGCGCCCCGAGGAUAAGCCAUUAUGUAUUACCGUUCCUGACAUAGAAAGCAAGCUGUAUCGAGACCGACGUUAUGCCGGAGUCCCGCUUUUAUCUCAAAGACCAUAUUCUAACAUUUCGUACUACAUCUAUGGCCUAUUGUCCUUCCAUCAUGCUUGUGGAAAGCGCACUUUCUUAUUUACAAAACUAAAAUUAUAUGAGGACUUCUUGAAUAAUCCGAGAGAAUAUAUCAAACGGUGGAAACGCAGAGCUAGUGAAGCAACGUGGCGGAAUGCUUUUGUUUUGAAAGAAUUUUUUAUUCUUGGAGCGCAUAUUAUAAACCGGAUCCUGCUGUCGAAAAGGUUCUAAUGUUUAUUUCGUACUAAUUUAAGCCAGUAUAUGCUCUGGGACAAAUUUUAUAUUAUAUUUAUGUUGCACACAUUUUGGCGAUAAUAAAUUAAUUUUAUUUGUUUAUUUAA